AUGUCUUUGGAUCUAUCUGUUGACGAGGUGCGGGUCCAGUCGGUGAUUUCGCACUCGAAAAUCCACCUGGACCAUGCUGUUGACCACGACGAGGCAGUUAUUCUUGCUCUGGGGUAUAAACAGGAGCUCAAGAGAGGUCUUUCCAUGCUGACGACGUUUGCCGUUGCGUUCUCGACGCUGGGACUGCUGCCGUCUGUGGCAGGCACGCUGUGGUACUCGAUGGCAUACACGGGGACGGCAGGCAUUACGUGGGUGUACCUUGUGGCCAUGGCGGGCAUCAUGUGUGUUGCGCUGUCGAUGGCGGAGAUCGCCUCGGCGUUCCCAACGUCGGGCGGGCUGUACUAUGCCACCGCAAUGCUCGCGCCGCCCAAGUACAAGGCCUUUCUGUCCUGGUUCGUGGGCUGGUCCAACUACCUCACCCAAAUUACGGGGGGGCCUUCCGUGGGGUCCUCCACGGCAGCCAUGAUUUUGGCUCUCAAGCAGAUGACAGACCCCAGCUACGAGUACCACAAGUGGCACGCGUUCCUGCUCGCCACGUCCAUCACCGUCAGCUGCGCCUGCAUCGCCUCGAUGCCCGUCAAGUGGAUCUCGUACAUCACACGGUUCACGUCUCUGCUGAAUAUCUCGUUUCUCUUCAUCUGCUGGGUGGUUUUCUUAGGCGGCAAUACGAGGGCCGAGCAGGGCCUUCCGAAGUUCAACUCGAACGCCGAGGCGUGGGGCAUCACCAACAUGACCGACUGGCCCGACGGAAUGGCCGUUCUCAUGAGCUUCAUGGCUGCUAUUUGGAUCAUGUCUGGCUUUGACGCUCCGUUCCACCUCGCAGAAGAAUCGACCAACGCCGAGAUCGUGACGCCAAACGCGAUCGUGCUGACCGCGUCGCUGGGCGCCGUGCUCGGCUUCGCGUUCCAGCUUGGCAUGGCGUACACGAUCGUCGACGUGACGGCGGCCGUGGAAGGAGAGCUGGGACAACCGUUUGUGUCGUUCCUGAGCCAGGUCCUCACAAAAGACAGAACCAUCGCGAUGGCCGCCCUUGCAAUCGUUCUGUCGUACAUCAUGGACUUCUCCAGCAUGCUGGCGGCGUCACGUGUGCUGUACUCGUACUCCAGAGACGGAUGCAUCCCGCUGUCGCGCGUGUGGUGCCGCGUUAACCCGUACACCAGGACGCCGGUGAACGCGGUGUGGUUCAAUUGGUUUGUGGGCGAGUGUCUGCUGUGUCUGAUGUUCAAGGGCGAGGCGAUCAACGCGGUGUUCUCAUUCGGGGCAACUGGUGCGUUUGUUUCGUUCACAGUGCCGAUUUUCCUCAGAAUCACAUACGCCAGAAACACCUUCAAGCCGGGCCCUUGGAACCUGGGCCGGUUCAGCUACGUGACGGGCACUGUUGGGUGUCUGUUUAUCUUGCUGAUGCUGCCAGUGCUGUGUUUCCCGCAGUUCCGCGGCAAGAACAACACCACGGACCUCAUGAAUUGGACCUCGGUGGUGUACUGGGGAGCGAUGCUGCUGGUGGUGCUGUACUGGUUUGCGUACGGACACACGUUUUUCACGGGUCCUCGGCCAAAUAUCGGCGAUUUGUGCAGAGACGAGGAGGGCGGCAACGAGAAAAACGAGAUGAACGAGGUGGUCCAGCCGGUGAAGGAUAUUUGA